CCAAAAAAAAGAAAAAAAAGAAAAAAAACUUAGAAGGAAUGGGAGUCGAAAGUGCCGCGACUCCCCCUUCAAUCCGUAAAGCAAGGUUCUUCGAUUUGAGCUACUUCAUUGUUCAUUCCAUCGAUCGAAACGAUCGAUGAUUUAUUAAGAAGAAGAUAAUGGAUUACUACAAGAUAUUGGAGUUGAACAAGAACGCAACCAAAGAGGAAAUCAAAGAAGCCUACAAGAGAUUGGCUCUCAAAUAUCACCCUGACAAGCAUUCCCAAUCUCCUCAACUGGUCAGAGAAAACGCUACCCUCCGUUUCAAACAACUCUCCGAGGCCUACCAAAUCCUCGCUGAUGACCGGAAACGUGCCGAUUAUAACAUUCGCUCCUCCUCCUCCUCAUUCUCCUCUGGUUAUAAUAAUCAUAGACAUGCUCAUGGUUAUGGCUACGGUUAUGGCUACAAUUACCAUUCUUAUCAGAGCCAGAAUAGAAAAGCCGAUGGUGGUUUUGUCUCCAAGUUCGAUGUUGCACUUCGCUACUUAACCACUCGUGCUUUUCUUCUCAAUCUUGCCUUUGCUGGUGCUUUAAUUGGCGGGAUGGUGAUAAUAGAUAAGAGCAGGGAGGCACUGUGGAAAAUGCACAAUUCUGGGAAAUCAUUUGAAGAAGCCAUGGAUUCCAUUGAAAAGGCUAAGGCCAAUAGACAUGAUGUGUAAGAGUAUUGUUUAUAUUCCAUGUUAUAUUGCAUUGAUAGAGCUCAUGUUGAAGAAUGUCUUCAACUAAGAGAAUAUAUAUAUAUAUAUAUCCUCACUUCGUCGUAGAGAUCUUUUUUUUUACUAUAUAUGUAAAUUACAGUCUAUUGCAGGCUACAAUUUAUAUGGAAAUAGGAUAUCCUAGUUAUUUUUCUUUUAA